AUGUUUUCAUUCAUCUCCAUCGCUGCUGUUGUCGCUCUCGCCUCAGGCGUUGCCGCGGACUCUAUUCCGGAGGGUUACCCUGCCAACUUCCGUUUCUACGGCAACCAGUCCAUCUGCCUCGGCUUCGCCGACGGUGGCUAUAACGGCGCCUCAGUCGUCGGGACCGACUGUAACGACGCGUCCGCCGCGCUUUACCCCGUCUACGGCAUCGGAAAUGUUGGACAGAUCGCGUACACCGACUGGUGUAUCACCGCUGCUGGCGCGUCGCCGUCCUCGGACGUGACCGCCGUCGACUGCAGUGACGAUCCCGCUCAGCUCUGGACUGUCACUGACUACGACACUAUCGAGACUGCUGAUGGCAAGUGCAUCACGCUCGGCAAGGCUGCUCUUGGUGCUCCGGCCACCCUCGCCGAAUGCAGCCUUCAGCUCGCGAACAAGCAGCUCUGGAGGCCCACUGCCGCUGAGCCGUGA